AUGGCUUUCUCUGAGUUUUCUGCAUCUUUGCAUGCAAGAAAUAUAAUGAAAGAUGGUUCCUAUGCUCCAGCAACAGCUACAGCAUGUGCACUCAUUGUUUUCUUGUGGGUUUUGCACAGAUUUAGCGUGCAAAGGAAGAAUACAUUGGGAUUCAGAUUGCCCCCGGGUCCGUUUGCAUGGCCCAUUAUUGGAAAUCUGAACCAGCUGAAAAGGCUUCCUCAUCGUGAUCUUCAUGAACUUGGUAAGAAAUAUGGGCCUAUUAUGAUGCUGAAAUUGGGUUCUGUUCCCACUGUUGUGGUUUCUUCUUCGGCCAUGGCCAAGGAGUUCUUGAAAACCCACGAUAAGGUUUUUGCCAGCCGACCUCGUACUGCUGCAGGAAAAUAUAUUGGCUAUAAUUUCAAAGAUCUGAUUUUGUCUCCUUACGGAUGUAUACGAGAGGAAGAAAUGCUUUUGGCUAUUCGUUCAGUGUGGGAGAUGUCUGGGCAGGGUAAGAAGCCUGUUAAUCUCACCAACUUGUUUUCAUCGUUUGUGCAAGCAGUCAUGUGGCGUAUCCUUGCCGAUACCAAAUUUUCUUUUAAUGGCGACACUCAUCUUGGUGGUCAUGGCGAAGAGGUAAAGAAGAUGGCAUCUGAGGUGGCAGCUACAGUAGGAGCUGUCAAUAUUGGGGACUUCAUUCCUUACUUCGACUGGUUGGACUUGCAAGGAGUAAAGCGACGCAUGAAAAAGGUACACGAGUCAUUCGACCAAGUGAUAAGUAAAAUAAUAGAGGAGCACCAGCAGCGCAGGAGGGAGUUCCGAAAGGAGUCUGAUACUAAGGACAUCAUUGACGUGCUCUUGGAAAUGGAGAGUCUCGAUGGAAGGGAAAUCACAGAGGAAAACAUUAAAGCCAUUGUUUUUGUACGUAUUUACCUCUUGUUUAUGACAGAAUCUCAAUCUGGUUGUUUUUUAAUCAAUUUGAUAUGUAGUUCUUUUCUUUCUCGAUCUAACAAGGCUGAAUAA